AAUAAAAAGGAUAAUAAUCAAUGAAUAAUAAUUAUUAUUGUUUUUUAUUUUUUUAUUUUUUUCUCUCAAUACUGGAAAGAAGAAGAACCCGCAGAGAUCUCCCCGAGAAUUUCUUGCUCAAUCCCUUCAAGAAGACAAAUUCGAUCCUUCUCGGAGGAACUCCGACUGAUCUCGAACCGAUCCGAAUUUGGUCUGCAUCGGCAUCUAUGGAGGCUCAGAGCAAGUCAAAGGAUCAGGAGAAGCUAGACGACGCGGAGGAGACUGAAGCUGUGGAGCUUGUCCUGUUCCAAGUCUCCGAGUGCUACGUUUAUCUGAUACCCCCGAGGAAAACCACAGCUUCGUACAGGGCUGAUGAAUGGAAUGUAAACAAAUGGGCUUGGGAGGGGACACUAAAAGUCAUCAGCAAGGGAGAGGAGUGCAUUAUUAGACUUGAAGAUAAGGCAACAGGUGAACUAUAUGCUCGGGCAUUUUUGAGAAGUGGGGAGCCACACCCAGUUGAACCUGUAGUUGACAGCAGCAGAUAUUUUGUUCUUCGGGUUGAAGAGAACAUUAGUGGUCGACUUCGGCAUGCAUUCAUAGGCAUUGGAUUUCGAGAAAGAACAGAGGCGUAUGACUUCCAAGCUGCAUUACAUGACCAUAUGAAGUACUUGAACAAAAAGAAGACUGCUGAGGAGAUGGAACAGCAGUACCAGCAUACAUCCUCAGUCGAUUACAGUUUGAAAGAAGGGGAGACCAUUGUGCUCCAGCUUAAGAAUAAAAGCGGUCGUAGUCCAAAGUCAAAGUUGUUUGAACAAAGUAUGAGCAAUCUUUCCUUGGAGGAGAAAGGCAAUGGGAAGGAGCCGGUUGUUAGUCUCAAACCACCGCCGCCUCCUGCAGCAACGGUAACACCAGCUGCAACAAUCCAGAAAGCUGUUUUAAGCUUCCCUUUGAGCUCUAGCCCUGUGGAGAACCCGAAGACCGAAGCCCAAGAAUCAAGUAAAGAAGAGUCGAAAGAAUCACAUACUCAGGAAAACCAAUGCGCUGAGGAGGAUGUACCCGACGAUGAUUUCGGAGAUUUUCAAACAGCAGGGUGAAUUGGAGUGUAAAGGACACCUGUUUAUACUUAGAUAUCUGAUUCUGAUUGCGGGUUUUUUUUUUCUUCCUUUCAUCUUGUGAGGCCUUGCGAUGUUCAGUCAUGUUCGUGGCUUUGUAACUCUGAUAUGUCCCGUAAAUAUCUGGUAAAUACCCAAAUAAUUUGUGGGAUGCUUUCUUGUUUUUCUCUACCAUGACAUUUUUCUAGGAAUGUUCAUUGAUAUGCCAAUUGUAAAAUGGGUAAAAUCAAGUGUUUUGAUA